AUGGGCGAUAAAGGCGAUGAGGGGUCAGACCCUCCAUUCGCGCUUACGGACUUGGACAGACAAGUCCUCGCACAAACAGACGAGGAAUUUCAGAAGCACAGUUGGGAGGACAUCAAGCGCAUUAUUGACACCAAUGCGCUCGACGCCUUUAAGCGUACACCUUCCGACCUUAGUCGGUACCUGGCUUGGACUAGAGGCGUCAAAGCACAGUACGGCACCGUGACCUCGUACAUACUCGCCAACCGGCUGCCUGAAUCAUGGGGACAACCUCCCUUCACGCCAGCUUCCACUAUCCCAUUCGCCGACCCCUCGGACUACAAAGUCCUCAUCAACGACUGGCCGUACGGAACGGAGCCAGGCAUUGUCCAUCUCGUCGUGUGGACACGAACGCCCAUUGCUACUACGCCCGAGAAAGGUGACAUAACGCCCGAGAGCAGAGCCCACAUUGCCAGAUUCGUUGAGGAAAACUUUGUCAAAGACUUGGGCCCUGGUGGUGGUGAUAAAGUCGUAUGGUUCAAGAACUGGGUCGCCUUGCAGAGUGUGCGCGCCUUGGAGCACUUCCACAUCAUGGUGCGAGACGUUGACGACGACACACUGGAGCGUUGGUCGGGCGAGCGGCCGAGAUGGGGCGCUGACGGCCGACAAAUGUCCUCAGCAUCGUAG